AAGAAAGGCAGAUAAAUCCUAUGUUUCCUUUGGAGGCGUCUUCCCUCUCUAUUUCUGCUGCCUGAGAUAAAGCUAGGUCCCAGCCACACUCUCCUGUUUGUCUUCACUCAGACAAGGAAUAAGAAGUGACUUUUUGAAUCUCCGUUUGGACCUUGUCCAGCUCUUCAUUGCAACGUGACAAAGGCGGCAUUGGCAGUUGAAGGGACAGAUAAGCUGUGUCUCUGCUGUGUUUUUCUCCAGCAGCCAUUGAUAUGCCAUGGCCUUUCCCGGGACUGCAGCUAACAAUGUGACUCUGCUCAUCCCUCCAUACAGCCCUGAUGACACUCAGAGGAAAUUCCCAAGAAAGAAUGAGGCGCUAGGGGCCAUACAGAUCAUCAUCGCCUUAAUACACCUUGGCCUUGGGGGCAUCUUGUUCUUCUCUUCAAAAGAAUCUGUCCCGCUGUGCAUGGCUUCCUGGUACCCGUUCUGGGGAGCAGGACUUUUCAUCAUUUCUGGGUCCCUCUCAGCUGCAGCUGCAACUGCAAAGAAUAUCACAGAGGGUCUGGAGGCAGGCAGCAAUAUGUUGAAUGCCAUCAGCUUCCUUGCCUCAUUAGCUGGAGGAAUAAUGUUGGGAAUUGAUUUGAUUAAUAUUUGCAUUCUAAACAAGUAUAAAGUUUCCAUCCCGAUUUUGGAUAAAAUCCGCUUAGUCAGCUUCCUUCUCCCUCUUCGCUGUGAAGAAAGCCCCAUCCCUUGGGACUACUGUCAGAGCAUCAGUUCUUACAAUACGGGCAUCUUGGCCUUGAUGCUGAUCUUCUCUGUAAUCCAGAACAUUGUUUCUAAAGCUGCUGUCUCCUCUGACUCGGAUAAGUCACAGGAUCAUAAGGCAGAGCAAGUGUUUCCUUUGCUGUCACCCCCACAACCACAGUUCAGCAAUGGAACCAGUCCUCCAUGGCAGCAGUCUAUCAGCAGCAUCUAACAAACUCCAAGCAGCUUUCAUGGGUAAACAGCGUAUAUGCAGGGUACCUGAAUCUCUCCCUCCCAUUGCAGAUAAGAUGCCCUUCUCUCUCUUCUUGAGUCUGGUCCAGGGAUCGCAUGUGUUUUCACAGUACGCAGAAGGGAAGAUGGACAAUAAUUACUUACUAGCUUUAUCCAGCCUCUUGGAAAACGCCUCCUAAAUGACUCUUAUGCCAGCUUCUUCAAUAAUGGGUUGAAAAGGGAUCGUGAGUUGGUUCUUACAAUCUCACUUGAUCUGAGUGUAUGGGGGUGGUGGGCUUACCUCUCAUCUCCCAAAUGGGAUGGAUUUCCCGGCAACUUUAGAAAUCCUGGAAGCCAUUGUGACUGUGUUGAAAUGUCACAUGGUGAUGAGCUGUUGUGUUUCCCAGACAGAAGAGAACAGAAGAACAGAAGAGCCCUAUUAUAGCAGCAGCAACCUCUAUUGAUAGUUAUUGGGUUUUUUUUCCCUUUGCUCCCAAAUUUCACCCUGUUAGGCUGAAAUUUUCUAAUCCCCGGUUUCUGUUUUUAGGUGUACAUGGAGUUUAAAAGGGGAAGUAGCUCCGCUACCUCUCAGACUGUAAGAGUGACAAAUACCUGAUAUUCCUUAAUUAUAAAAUAAUUCUUAUGCCACUCUUUUGAAUGGUUCUCUUGCCCAAAUGGGUAGCAUUAGAAAGAUGAAAUUUCCUUGAAAAAUAGCCUUCAUUUAAGAGAAGGACCCUGGAGAGUUCUGGUGAAGAUCAGCUUGAAUUUGGCAGCAAAGGCUGAGGGUAGGUAUCAGUUAAACAAGGGUAAAAAUCCCAACAGGUGUCUUAGUUACCUAAAAGCCAGGCAAUUCAAUAUUAAGGUUAAAUUUACAGGAAACCCAACAUUAGAAAAUGUGGAAAGUAACUAUUAAAUAACCCAAACUACCUUAAGUCUGGCUUCCCUUAGGGGCAGUUUGUGGAGCCUUUAAUUUAGUGAGUAGAACUGGGAGAUUAAUUGCCUUUUUUUUUAUUUGGUGGCUGGCCCAAAAAAUCUGACAAGCUUUUUGUUUUCAGAUCAACCCAAAAUG